AUGGCGCCACCCGGACGCCGGAGAGGCCAUCUCUCGCCCGCAACUGUCCUCCUCGGUCUCGUAUUCCUCUUCUCGUCGACCGCCUCCGCUGCGUCAGCUAUUAUCGGUGUUGAUCUCGGUACCGAAUACAUCAAGGCUGCGCUUGUGAAGCCAGGAAACCCUCUUGAGAUUGUCCUCACCAAGGACUCGAAGCGCAAGGAGACUGCGGCCAUUGCUUUCAAGCCAUCCAAAGGCGGUGCCCUCCCCGCAGGCUCUUAUCCCGAACGCUUCUACGGUGGCGAUGCAAUUGCGCUACAGGCACGGUUCCCUGGCGAUGUGUACCCUAACCUGAAGCAUCUUUUGGGCAUCUCGAAUGAGGACGACGCAGUCGCCACGUACAAGGAGAGGUAUCCAGCCCUCGAGGUCACUGCCACAAAAGGACGCCCAACAGUCAGCUUUGAGAGUCAUGUGUUCAGCGAGGAUAAAUCAUACAUGGUUGAGGAGCUAUUGGCUAUGGAACUAAAGAAUGUCAGAGAGAACGCAAAGGCGCUGGCAGGCAAGGGCUACGAUGUCCAAGAGGUCGUUUUCACCGUUCCAGCCUUCUACACUGUGUCUGAAAGGCGCGCACUAGAGGUCGCAGCUCGCCUGGCAGGCCUCAAGGUUCUCAGUGUUAUUUCCGAUGGUUUAGCUGUUGGUCUCAACUAUGCCACCAGUAGGACGUUCCCCGAUAUCACUAAGGAUGGCAAGCCAGAAAUCAAUAUGGUAUUCGACAUGGGCGCUGGUUCAGCGUCUGCCACAAUUGUCAAGUUCCAGGGCCGUUCGGUCAAGGAUGUAGGCAAGCGCACCAAGACUAUCCAGGAAGUUCAAGUCAUGGGCACCGGAUGGGACAGGACGCUUGGAGGUGAUGCGUUGAACUCGCUAAUCGUCGAUGAUAUGGUUUCUACAUUCAUCGAGCUUCCUGCGGCCAAGAGCGCAUCUUUCACAGCUGAGCAGGUUAAGACUCACGGACGUACUGCCGCCAAGCUUUUCAAGGAGGCAGAGAAGAUUCGCCAGAUGCUUAGCGCCAACAAGGACACAUCUGCUUUCUUCGAAAGCUUUUACGAGGACGUUGACUUCAGGUACAAGCUCACUCGUACCAAGUUUGAGGAGCUUGCAACAGCCUAUGCUGAACGCGUUGAUGGCCCCAUCAACCGAGCUCUUGAAGCUGCUGGUCUUACUCUGGCUGAUAUCGACUCUGUUAUUGUUCAUGGUGGUGCAAGCCGUACUCCCUUUGUUCAGGCUCGUCUUGAGGCAGUUGCUGGAAAGGGCAAGAUCAGGGCCAAUGUUAACUCUGACGAAGCCGCUGUUUUCGGCGCUGCCUUUAAGGCUGCUAGCCUGAGUCCCUCUUUCCGUGUCAAGGAGAUUCGCGAGCUGGACACCCAGGGCUACAACCACGGUUACAAGUACAUGUUUGACCUGAAGGAUCGCGACCAGAAAAUCUUCACACCCAACACCAAAAUCGGCAUGGUCAAGGAUCUACCUUUCCAAAUGAUGGGCGAGUUUGAGUUUUCCAUGUACCAAGCUGUGCCUGGACCCAAGGGUGCCAUCUCAAAAGAGCCUACUCUCCAGUUCACUAGUGGUAACUUGACCAGAGUUAUCACCAAGAUGAUUGACGAGGACAAGUGUGAUCGCGAAAGCUUCAACAAUUACGUCAAGGUCAGAUUGAGCCCCAUCACUGGUACCCCUGAAGUUCUCUCUGCUUGGGUCACUUGCGAAAGCGAGUCUGAAGAGCCCAAGGCUGGUAUCGUUGAUGGUGUAAAGAACUUGUUCGGCAUGGGUGGCAAGAAGGACCAGGAAGCCCUGAAAGAGGACGAAAGUUCUUCAUCAUCUACGUCCAAAUCCUCUUCUUCCUCUUCUGCCUCGUCGUCAUCUGCUGAUGCCGAGAGCACUGAUGCCGCCAAAGCUACCGAAAAGAAGAUCAAGGUCGUCAAGUCCGCUCACACUUAUGAUGUUGUAGAGCUAGGCUACAAGAAGAUUACUCGCAAGGAGUUCAAGAGGAUGCAAGACAGACUCGCUGCUUUCGAUGCGUCAGACAAGGCCCGUCGCGCUCGUGAGGAGGUUCUUAACUCACUGGAAGCCUUCACAUACCGCGCACGCGACUACCUAGAGGAUGAGUCAUUUAUUAGUGCUUCCACUUCGGCGGUUCGCUCUACUCUCGAGGAGAAACUUGGUACCACCUCGGAUUGGCUCUAUGCGGAAGGUGCAGAUGCGGAUGAGCAGACGCUCCGAAGCAAGCUCAAGGAGCUUGAGGACCUCGUUAAGCCUGUUCUCAACCGCAAGACCGAAGCAUCCAAGCGCCCGGAGGCCGUCAAGGAGCUCAAGGAUACCAUUGACCACAUCAAGGAAGUUGAGCAGCUUGUUGACGGGCAGAUUAAGACCCAGAUAGCGGAGAGCUCUAAGAGCAGCGAGGCUGUAGCUCAAGCGUCUGCAUCUCCAUCCACGGAUCCUAUGGACGAGCUUGACGAGGAAAAGACACCGGCUGAGCCUGAAAUCACCGAAGUGCCUACCAUCUACACAGAAUCCGACCUAAAGGCUGUGCAGGAUGCUGCAUCCAAGGCCCGAGCCUGGCUCGAGGAAAACGAAGCAAAGCAGAGUAAGCUCAGCGAGACCGACGACCCUGCAUUCACGGUCAAGGAAAUUCAGGCGGAGAAGAAGAAGAUGGACGAUAUAAUCAUGGACAUGAUGAUGAAGAAGAUGAAGCACUUCAAGCCGCCGAACCAGCAAAAGCCCAAGACCACUAAGCCCAAGACUAAGAAUGGCAAGUCUAAGAAGGCUAACAAGGCCAAGGGUGAUAGCAAGGAGACUGAGAAGGAAAGCAAGGGCCCGAACGACGAGGAGCUACAGGAGGCGCUCAAGAAGGCGGGCGUAGAUGCCGAUGGGAUUAAGCUCAAGAACUUUGGAGGCAAAGGCGAUAAGGGGAGCAUCUUGAAGCAACUGAAUGUCCCUGAAGACGCAACACAAGAGGAGAUUCUCGCAGCGCUUAACAAGGCGAUAGAGCAGAAUAAGGAGAAGGACGAGUUGUAA